CCCCAAUUUUGCAUUGCAUCAACAACAAUUUCCAAAUCCCCAACCUCCACACAACUCAAAAAUGGCAUCAGCUCUGUUUUCUGCACCAACUUUCCAAGGUCUCAGACCACUCAACAAACCCACUGACUCUUCCCUCUUCCUCAACAAACCCAUCGCCUUCAAACCUAUCACCAAAAAAACCCGAAAUCUCGCUGUGAAAGCUGAACUCAACCCAUCAAUUGUCAUCAGUUUGAGCACUGGGCUUUCACUUUUCCUUGGAAGGUUCGUUUUCUUUAAUUUCCAGAGAGAAAAUAUGGCGAAACAAGUGCCGUCUCAGAAUGGAAUUUCUCACUUUGAAGCUGGAGAUGUUAGGGCUAAGGAAUAUAUAAGUUUGUUAAAGUCUAAUGAUCCAGUUGGAUUCAAUAUUGUUGAUGUGCUUGCUUGGGGAUCUAUUGGACAUAUUGUUGCUUACUAUAUCCUUGCUACUUCUAGCAAUGGAUAUGAUCCCAGUUUCUUUGGCUGAACCAAAAAAAAAAAAAAGUAUGAUGUGUUUUUUUUUUUUAACUGAUUUAUGUGAAAUUGAUGUGGUUUUGUUUGUAAUGCAGUAGCUUUUAUUUGUAUAGUGCCAAAGAAUUACUAGUA